AUGGUCACGGUUACUACUGGACAACCAAUGAUGUGGCCAUCUGAGAAGGUACGCCGUCUAGCAAUCCAUAGUAGUAGUAACAGUAGCAACAUCCAAUACCACCAACAAAGACAAUUGUAUUCCUUUGAACACCUUCGAUCAUUCAUCACAGUUAGUUCCACCAACCCAUUACUAUCCAAAACUUUCUUAUCUGAAGUUCUAAGGAGUAGCAAGUUGCUAAAGGUUUUGGAUUUGAAAGGUGAAGAGAUAAAGGAAACACCAAAUGAGAUUUUCAACUUGUUGCAUCUCACGUAUAUGAACCUAUAUGGUACAAAAGUGGCAAGAGUCCCGAGAGCUAUUGGAAAGCUUCAACAUUUGGAAUAUCUGAAUUUGGGGAACACUGGAGUUAGGGAAUUACCCGUGGAAAUCCUAAAGCUGCUAAAGCUUCAGCAUCUCGUAGUAGUCGCAGCAGUUGAUCCUUUAGAUGAUGAUUGUGGAUAUUAUGGGUUUAAAGGGCCGUCAGAAUUGGGAAGGCUUCUCGCUCUACAAACAUUAAACACCAUAGAUGCAAGCAGCGGGUCUAUAAUAGUUAAAGAGAUAGGAAAAUUGACCCAAUUAAGAGAGUUAUAUAUUACACAGUUGAUAAGAGAAGAUGGAAAUGAGCUCUGCUCCUCCCUUGUCAACCUCACCAGUCUUAGGGAAUUAAGAGUUGAUUCAGUUGGAAAAGGUGAUGAUUAUGGGAUAAUUGAUCUAAAUCAUCAUCAACAUUCUCUUUCUUCUUCUUCUUCUUGUUUGUUUCUUCAAUCUCUUCGUGUGCUACUUAUGUGUGGCCGCUUAGAAACGAUGCCAGUAUGGAUAACUCAUCUUCAAAACUUGGUAAGAAUAGAUAUGACCUGGAGUGGGUUAAGGGCUGAGGAGGAUCCGCUUGAAUCUCUCCAACAUUUGCCCAAUUUGGAUGCAAUUAGUUUCUGUGGAUCUUACCAGGGAGAAAGGUUGCGUUUCAAGGCUGGCGGGUUCCUAAAGCUGAAACGGUUGUGGUUAAGGAGAAUGGAAGGGUUGAAAUGGAUGAAAGUGGAGGAGGGUGCGUGCCCAAAUCUCCAAAGACUAAUUCUAGAUCGACUUCCAUUACUAGAGGACUUACCUUUGGGUAUUCAGCACUUGAGCUAUCUUCAAAAGCUGUAUUUGUAUGAGAUGAGUUCUCGAAUAAUGGAAAAGGUCAAGAAUCAGGAGGAAGAAAGUGAAGAUUACAGAAGAAUGACACACAUUCCUGAAAUUGUCAUUGGUUUCUAUGCCCAUGACGGGGAAUGGAGAAUCCGCCGGCUAUGGGGGUAG